CGGUCAGGGCAGGAAGCACUUACUUAACGGAUACACCGCGUACGCUGGCUGCUUCCCAUCGAGCGUGCCGUUGCCCGUUUUGCACCCCAAUUGCGCUCAGUUCGAUCUUUCCGCUCAAUCAGCGUCCUACACGGUGGUACCGCGACGGACCGUGCGAAUAAUUUUCUGUGUACGUUAUCGAAACGCGUCGAACGCGAUUGAUUCUCGUGCGAUCGAAGCGUGGAUCGAACCGAUCGCUCGCAGAAUGGAGUAGAAGCGUUUCCCCGUGAACGAGGGGAUGAAGAACGCGUUGAGAAAGGAGUGACGACCUUGACCUCGCUGAUUACCGGAAGAAGCAAUAUGAUUCGGAAUCAACGAUCGUGGAACCAUGUGACGAUCUUUCUCAUCGUGAUCUGCAUAGCGAUCGACACUGUGCAACCAGAGAUCGUCAAGGACCCGGCGCAAUGCAGCCGUACGAAAUGCAAAGUGCCAGCGAGCCGGAAAUUCAAGUACGCGGAGGACGUCUCGUACUGGUACAGAUACUCCGUGGACGUCAGCACGAAUUUAGGUGGUUCGUCGAGUCAACCGCGAAACGAAUCGACCCUUCGCCUCGACGCUGACCUGGUCGUUCGAUUCUCCAGCCCCUGCGAGGGUAGCUUGAAAUUCCGCAACGCGAGCAUCAGCCACGAUCCUCGAAAAUACGACCCCGAGUUCCCGGAUCGCGCCGGCGGUGACUUCAAGUCGAGCCUGGAACGACACGUCCUGAGAUUCUCGUACGACGACGGACGUAUAGACGAGCUAUGCCCCGACAGGCAGGAACCGAUCUGGGCGUUGAACCUGAAGAGGGGAGUACUGUCGAUGCUUCAGAACACCAUGCGCAGAUUCGACGUGGACCAUCGCGCGGACGAGCUGGACGUGAACGGGAUCUGCGAGACGACUUACCGGCUACACGAGGCGAGACGGACGAGCCUGGUGGUGAAGAAGUCGAAGAACCUCUCGGAUUGCUCGUACGGGUCCAAACACUUCUCCAUCAUCCAAUCGAACGUCUACAGGAGUCCCAGGUCCGGUUCUCACGCGACACGUCAUCCUCUUCUUCAGUCGCGGAGCGAUUGCGAGCUGACCAUCGACCACAAUGUCUACCAGGAGGUCGUCUGCAAGGAUCUGCAUCGAUUGCAACCGCUUUCCAGCGGCAACACGGGCGCUAGAACCGAGUCCACAGCUGUCCUUCGCUUGCUCAGAGAGACGAAAGAAGAUUCGGACGAGUACGAGUCGAACAACGACGAUGAUGAGAACGAGGAUGAGGACGAGAGCAAGGAGAAGCAGAAUCGGGGAUGGGAUCGCGCGAAGAGGACCACGCUGAUCUACGAUUAUUCGAAAGUACCCAGAACGGUGCACGGCGAGCUGAGAACGUCCAGGGAUCUUCUGAAGAUGAUGUGCAGGCUGGGGGUGAGCAUGGACGAGCUCCAGCAACAGUUCCCCGAGACGUUCACCGAGUUCGUUCACUCGGCGCGGCUGUUGGACUAUCCGUCGUUGUCGCAAUUGUUCGCCAGGGCCAACAGUAUUUGCAAAACUGGAAAGAAACAUAUUAUGGAUGCUCUGCCGUUUAUGGGCAGCAACGCAGCUGUGAGCGUGAUGAAGGAUUUAAUAAUGAAAAAGUACAUCGAUCAGUCUACGAUCAACAAUUGGGUGACCGCGUUCGCGUUGAUCCCGCGACCGAAUCAAGAGACGAUCAGGUCUCUGUCGCCCCUUCUGGAGUUCCAGCGUCAGAUCCCGGAGGCUCAGUUUGUGUUGAGUUACUCCGCGACGAUUCACGCUUUUUGCGCCAAUCACGAGACUCGGUGCAGCAACGUCGAGCAAGUGACGCGAUUCCUCUCGUACCUGGAGCAAAAGGUCGAGAAGGGCUGCACGCCACGAACGCACUCGCCCUCCGCGAUCAAGGACACCAUGGAAGCUUUGAAGGCGAUAGGGAACAUGGGCUUGGAAACGGAAAGCUUAAUGGCGCGGCUGAAGGAAUGCAUAGACGACGACAGCGGAUUCCUACCGAUGGAAAUUCGCGUUGCUGCUGUCGACGCCCAUCGCAGGAUGCCGUCUUGCAAGACAACGCGAGAUCUCUUCUUCAUGGACUAUUAUAGGAACUUCACCUUGGACGCGGAAAUACGCAUAGCGUCCUAUUUGCAAGUGAUGCGUUGUCCCGAUUACAACGUCAUCAAAACGAUCAAGCACACGCUGAAGACGGAGGAGGUCAAUCAAGUUGGAACUUUCGUUUGGAGCCAUUUGACAAACCUCUACAACUCCGCGUCGCCGACGAUGGUGAAGAUUCAGAGUCUCCUGACGGACAGGGACCUCGACGACAAGUUCAACAGCGACAGAAGAAAGUUCUCGCGAAAUUACGACGGGUCGUUCUUCUCGGAGGAGUACAAUUUCGGCGCGAACUAUCAAGGAAAUCUGAUCUUCUCCCCGAAAUCGUACAUACCUCGUUCAGCAACGUUCAAUGUCACUGUCGACCUCUUUGGCGAGUCUGUGAACAUCUUCGAGUUGACCACGAGGUUCGAGGGCCUCGAAUACUACGCGGAGAAGUUCUUUGGCCCGGAUGGACCGUACAGCAACGAGAAAGUGUCGGGAUUCUUCAACAGUUUCCUCAGGAAGUUCAGAGCAGCACCGGAAGAGAACUACUGGAAACGCGUGAAACGGCUGCCCAACGUUAUCGAAAAUAACUUUGAUAAUCCUACGAUUAGUCUCGGUUACAAAGUAUUUGGGAAUGACCUGAAGUACAUGACACUGAACAACGAUCAAGAAAUCAGGGAAGCCUUGUUAAAUUUGAACCCGUGGGAGAAAUUCAAGCAAAUCGCUUCUGGGAAGGAAAUUCACUACGAGAACGCGAUAAUGUUCCUGGAUUCUACUUUCGUGGUGCCAAUGUCGUCCGGGUUAACAGUGCGUUUGGACAUUGCUGGCUCCGCGGCAUGCAACUUCAAGAUGUCAGGGUUACUAGACACCAAACGGAUUUCCAAUGGGGAGGUUGAAUUCGUCAGCAAUCUAGCGCCCAGCGUGAGCGUAGACGUUGUGGGCAGCAUGACCGUGGAUGCGUUCUACAAGAGCGCUGGAAUCAAAUUGAGAUCAAACGUGUACUCCUCCGGGGCUGUCCAAGUUCAUUUGAGCGUGAAGGGAUUGCGUUCGAUACGUCUGAGCUUGGGUUUACCAAACAAGAAGAUGGAGGUGUUCUCGAUUGGCACGGACGUUCUUCUGACGAAAGGCAACGGGGCGGAACUCGAGGAGGAGCCGCUGGGCAUUCUGAUCGCCGGACAGAAUAAUAAAAAGGCGAUCAUUCCUAGCAACGUUAUUAGCAACACGAGCUGCAGUUGGACGGCUCUGGACAGGCUCGUGGGAUUGAAGAUGUGCGUCAAUUAUCAACUACCGAACGUGACGAAGAAUCCUGACGCGCCGUACUUCCUUCUCAGCGGACCUACGCUCUUCAAGAUCUCGUUGAUCAAGGCAGAUCCUACAGCUAAAAACUACUUGUUGGAGUAUAAAUGGGAGAAAACUGAGAAGCAAAACAUUUUUAAAACCGUGUUCGAUACGCCUGGAUCGCAAGUGAACAGAGAAUUGAGCGCCACCGUGUCCUUCGACGAGAAGACGCACAACGUCACUGUUCUGUUGCGGUCCUCUGGGAAUUCUAUAGUGGCUGAAGGUACCUACAAGAGUACGGAGAACGAGACGUUCAUAGACAUAGGAUUCGACAUAAAUGGCACCAAGCACUUGGACGCCAGCUUGGGCUACUCCACCAAGAAAUUCAGCAAUGGUCUGAUUUUCAGUCCGCAAAUGCAUCUGAUCGUCAACAACGAGCGGAUCGCCGCUUUAUUAGGCACAAUAAGACAAGCUUGGAAAAACGACGUGUCCCAGUGCGAUGUAGACUUGACCUUCCGUACAAAGAAAGUCUGGAGCAACUUGGCGGGCUACAUCGUCCGAAGGAACGUGAGCUUGGCCGCUGACUUCGUGCUGGAGUAUCAGCUGCAGAAGAUGCCCAAGAAGGAGAUGCUCCAGCUGGAAGUGUCGUUGUCGAAUCGUUCGUCGAAGACUCUGACGCAUAAGGCGGCGGAUCUGAAGCUACGUUCCACCGCGUAUCCGCAAUUGAACGCGGUGAUAACCGCCUGGUAUCAGCAGGUGUUCGGUCACUUGGAACUGCACGCGGAGAUCAACUCGAAGCCGCACCUGAUGGACGACCGCCACAAGCUCACCGCCCAGCUGAUCCUCUCGUACUCGAAGAUGUAUUUCCAGAAUCGGGACACGAAAGUGAGCGCGUCGAUCGUCAUAACGAAGCCCAUUCAGAACUUGGAUAUCAAAAUGAGCAUCGAUCACUACGCCAUGGGGCCGGAAUCGAAGACUCGUUUGAUGAUUGGAUACGCUCCAGAAAAAAUAAUCAGCCUGACGGUGAUCCUGGCAAUGCCCCGUGGUCUGAUGUUCGCCAUGGAAGGCCACGCGAACCUAACGAUACCGAAUUUCAACUCCAUGCUGUUGGACGUGCGAAUAACGGAGCGAUCGAGGCGUACCUACGAGCUAGACUUCAGAGGUACUUGGUUCAGCGGGCACAAUAUGACUGCUCGCGGUACCUAUACGGACCGAUCGGUGGCCACCAUCGUCAGCCACAGUUUGAAGCUAAACGUCAAGUCGCCGAGCUUCGACACGGACGUUCUGGUGAAUUGCAAGCUGUACAAGAAUUACAGCAACGUCCGGCUCAGUGUCUACGUGGAACAGCUGGACAGAGACAAAUACGCGUUCAUCCUGAACCACACGGUCGUGUCACCAACGGAUUUCAUCUCGUACGUCGAAGGACGGUACAGAAACAACGUGUACUCGGUGAUGACGAGCGUGGACGCUGAACGGGAAAUUCGCAUGGAGGUGCACCUGGACAAAUGGAGGGACGUUCACCUGGCGCUGACGGGCAUCAACGAAGAGAACAAGAAAGGAUUCGGGGCGGAGGUGAAGUGGGACGUGAACAGGGAUCCCGCGCUAAAGGUAGCGUUGUUCGUUUCGUUCGACAAGCUGGUGGUCCCGGCGAUCGACGAGAAUCACCAGCCCAAGAAGAACCUCACCGUAGUCGUCAGCUUCAUUUACCCCGGUCGUUUCAUCACCGGUUCGUGUCGCGUGGCCUCGCGGGGCCUGUACAACUAUAUCCUGGACGCAUCGAUCGACUGGAACCCGGACAAGACGAUCAAAUUCUUCGUCGCCACGGAAUACGACGUGCAGCCGUGGAACAAGUCGAUGAAGGUGGAGAGCAAGUUUCUCACGCCCUUCGAGCAAUGGAGAAAGACCGCUCUGGUCGCAAAAUAUCUGCAGGAUCGGAACAGGAUCAGGCUGAGUUGCGGCACCCAUUGGAAAGAUUCCCAGCAUCUGCUGGCUGAAUUCGACGGCAGCAUGGUGGACCGCGAGAAGGUCAGAGAAUGGAGAGCUGACUGCGGGGUGACCAGCACUGUGCACUCCAUCGCCUGGACCACCGUAAACGUCACCCACAAGAUCGUCGACUCGCAGACAGCUGACACUCAUUUGCUGAUCAAGUACAAUCCGGACAAGGUGAUCGACGCGUGGAGCAUCUGGUACCUGGACAGAGAGUCCGACAACGUGUUCAAUCUGACCGGUAAUCUGCAUCUCGAGUCCCCGGUCACCAGUUACAAGAAGUCCGACAUGAGGUGUCAGCUGCAAAUCCUGCCCGACUGGAAGUUCCUGGGCGCAGCGAACUUGGACCUGGACAAGAGAACGUACACGGCGAACUUGCUCGGCGAUCUGCGCCGUUUCAAGGAGUCCACCGUGCAGUUCAACGUUACCACGCCGCUGGAGAAAUUCACGUUCGUUCGUGGACGGUUCGGUUUGUCGGAGAGCAACAGACACGUGGUCGCGGAAAUGGUGAUACCUAGCGGACCGAUCGGGUUCGAGGUGAUCUGCCAGUUUCUCACCGCGGAGUACGACUUCAACGUGAAGCUGAUGCUCGCCACUCCGCUGGACGUGCUCCAGAGAUCCCUUCUCGUGGCCAAGCUGAACAACCGGCAGGUCGACUUCAGGAUCGCGUACAACAGCAUGCUGGCUGGCUUCCAGGGCGUCUGGCACUAUCUCAGCAUCACCAACUUCCACUACAGUUACCUGGUGUUCUCGCCCGUGCAAGGCCUCGAGGAGGUCGGGGUGGUCGCGAAGCUGAUCGUCACGGACAUCGAGAGUCAGAAUCGAAACGUGGACACCGAGUUCACCAUUCGACUAGCAGAGGUGAAGAUGGGCGCGAAGGCCAAGGCUGGUCCAAAACCACCGCCUGUCAACAUCCCUAUAAAAACGCCUGACGAAGUCGCGGGCAACUCGACGAAAGAGGAAGAGGAUUACGACCUCCUGGACGAGGAGCCCAGCAUCUUCUACUGGCACGGGGAAAUGGAGAUCUAUCCCAUGAUCGUAGAACCCAUCACAGGGGAGUUGGACAUCGACCACAAUGGACCUCAUUACAAGGUAUACGCCGUCGCUCAAUACUUCCAAGGGAAGAUCGUGCUGGACGACGCGUUCUUCAUCGAGGAUCUGUUCAACAUGAAGAACGAGCUGAACCUGAUCACCCCGUUCAAGCUGUUCAACGAACUCGUUUGCGUGAACGCGUUCGUCGUGGACAUGGAGAACGCCGAUUACACGAUGCAGUUCGCCUUGAACGUCAGGCGACAGAAGACGUGGACGGAAUCGGGGGUGGACGUGAAGUACAUGUACCGCGAGAGCGAGACAGAGGCGCAGACGCACAUCGUAGCGAUAAACGUCAAAACGCCUCUGGAGUUCGUCAAGUUCCUCGACACGAACGUCACGCUGAACAUCGCCGAGAGCUUCUACACGGCUGCAGUGGGCAUUCGGGCCCCGAGCAGCGCCAUCGACGUCCUGGGGGUCCUGGAGACGGAGGACGGGCUCAUGGACACGUCCUUCAAGGUAGACGUCGACACACCCCUGCUGCAGAUACAGAGACUGAUACUCGCGGUCAAGCGUGACUUCACGGGGAAGGAGAAAUACGUCAAGGUCAGCGGAGAGGUCGGCAAACCCGUCGCGAAGCUGUUGUCUGUACAAUCAGACUGGUACGUGGGGGAUGAUAGCGUGAAGGCUGUCGUUACUCUGCACACCUGGAUAGAGUCGCUGAAAAGCGUCGUGGUCGACGUCUCGUACGCGAACGAGAUCGUGACCAACGACACAGCGAACCUGACGAUCGUCGUGAAGCACCUGGCUGAUCGGGUGUACAAACUGUCGGGUAAUUACAGCGCCGGGGCCGUGGUGGCCAAACUCUACACGCCGGCUCUGACGAACGCUCACUUCGAGUUCCACGGCGACGUGAAGAAAAUAAACGAUACUCUGUACAACUUGGACGGCGAGCUGUUGAACGCCGCGAGCAAAGCGACCAGCAAGGUGUUCGCCACGAUCGUCACGACGAACGACUCUUUGAGCAACCUGGAGCUGACGAGCAAGUCGACAACGGGGACGGACGAGGAGGAUUUCGUUUUAACGCUGAAGAAGGAGAAGUAUGGCAUGAACGUGGACCUGGUGGGCCGUUCUAUGAACGGAACCCUAGACGCGAACAUCAUCAAUUCGUUGAACUGGGACUUCUGGGUCCGCACAGAGGUCCUCCAGAAGUCUGGCGAGAGGAAACAAUGCCAGGUGACCGCGUUCAUGAACGUCCAAGUGAACGGUAAUACUAGUCUCUACGUACGCGCGGAGACGCCUCUGAAGGAUGUUAGCAAUCUCACUUUAAACGGAAACAUGCUGCUGACCAACAACAGCGGCGACGUUCGAGUGCACAGCCUGCUGAACGGGGACGUUCGUUUCACGACCUUGCAGUGGAAGUUGGUCUACAUGGUGGACAUGUUUGGAAGAGUCCUCCUGGGAUACGACACGAAAAACCUGGGUAGCAAGAACGUCGACACUCGGUUGUACUUCAAGAACCUUGGACGCCUCUUCAGGAACGUCGACGUGGGCUUCGACGUGGACGUCGAUCGGGAGAAGUGGAAAUUCGCGGCGAACGCCACCGUCGGGUUCCGGAGCCACGAGAAAAUCGACGCUAUAUUUUUCGUCAGGCUGCCGCCUCCCGACAACGACGAUCAUCGGUUUCUGAUCAUGUAUCAUGCAAACGGCGGGGUCAAGGACACUCGUUACGUGAUCGGUUACGACACCGUGCGCGCCAAAACGAACUACGCCUCGGAAGGAUCGAUACACAUGGGCACGCGAGACAUCAACGGCCAUCUUCGAGCGUCCUGGGGGAUGCUACCCACUCAGUCCAUCAACAACCUCCUCAACAUGACCUUCGACAAUAAGGAGAUCGGACUCAAGUACUCGCUUUACACCCCAAAAUUCCAACAGCAGGACACGUUGGUCCUACUGUUCAAUUACGACGCCACCCACGACGCUGUUGUACGUUUGAUAAACGCGGACGUGUAUUAUCCAGCCAGCACGCAGGUGGGCUCCGCGAACGUGUCGUAUGAAAGUUUGAUGAACGUCAACGGAACCAUCAACGUUCUGGCACUGGCGAACGUUCCGCGCGUUGGAUGUGAAUUCAUCGUACUCACCACUCUACAACGAAACAGAAGAUUCGCCACAGUCUUCUGGCCCCAAAACACGGCAGUGAUUGAUUCAGACUAUACCUACCGCAGCCAGAAGCUGGACUUUGAUUUGAACGGGAUUUUUCACGCUGAGAUUCCACUGAGCACCCGUCACAUCGGUCAUUUGACGUACGGCUACCAGGAACGUUCCCUGGUCACUACCGGUUACUCUGAAAUGACUUACAACGGAGAGAAGAUUCUCCGCGGUCGAUACAACUCUGAAAGCGAGUCCAGGGCCGGUUUCGAAAAAGAUCGUAUACAAAUAAAGAUCGAGAACCCCUACAAACCGAUUGGCAUCCUCUAUAUAAAUCAGUACGAAUACAGCGCCGGAAACGAGGGUACGAAUUAUCCGACCGUGGAGUUCAAGCACGUGAACCUCUAUCGGAUCGAUAACAAAACCGCGUUGAACAUCGCCGGCGAGUCGAGGAUCAGGACGACCCACACGGGUCAGGACAUUCAUCUGAAAGCUAUGAACUUCAACAAAACCGUGCAGCUGCAGGCCGAUUAUCAGGUGUUGCCUGGCGAGUUCGAUCACAACGCCACGUUGACCUUGACGGAGGACGCGUGGAUCUCCUAUCGCGUGAACAUCCUGAACAAAACCACGGAGGAUGUGGACAAUCAGUUCUUGGUGCUGAGCGUGUCCUAUCCGCGAAGGAACUUCACUCUGGACGGAUCCUAUUGGAUCAGCCGCGAGGAGCUGAGCUCCGAAGUGAAGCUCGAUUGGGACCGCGAAACGGAGAAGCCCAGAACCAUCGGGGCGUUGUUCAACUGGGCGAACCUCACAUCCGCGAACACCACCACGCAACAACGAGCCACAUUCAGUCUGAGGCACCCGAGUUUCGAGAAGGUAGUCUUCGUUCAAGGAGAACUGUUUAAAAGGGACAAGAAGGAUUUGAUGAACGUCGUUUUCACCGCCGACUAUUCCACCGACCCCGACAAGCUUCUCGUCCUAUCUGCGUUCGUCAGGGACGAGAGCGACUUGCCUGUGGCCAGAAGAUACGUCUACGAGGUGGCCGGGAAGCAUCCAAACACGAGAUUGAACCUCGACGUUCGGGGAUUCGUUCACACGAACGGGACCAUUAUGUACGAGACUAUGAACAACGGCAGUUACAAGCGAAGCUUCUUGAUCUCCGAAUCCGGGAAGAUAAACAGUCGCCUGGAUCUCGUUCGCAGAGAGGUCCUCUUCGAACGGGACUACAACGAGGCGGUCAAAUACAUUUACGUUCGAUUUUAUCCCUCCGAAAAGCAGUACUUUGUGAACGGUACCGUGAUAAACACUCCGGAUCUGAACGCCACCGGGAAUUUCUUCCUGGAUCCGGACGAAAAACUGACGAGGAUGAUGGUCAAUUACACGCCUGACGCUGUUGAGAGUUUGAGGAUGUACGGGACCAUUCCUGACGCCCGUAAUGCAGUGUUCGAUAUUUGGAGAACCUACGAAGAGGACUUCUCCGUCUCCGACGUGUCCUUUUACUUGAAACUGAAUCACUCCAGACUGGUCACUUCCACCCUACGUUGGAGACCCGACCUCAAGAGCGACAUCAUCAAUGGUAUCAAGCAAGGUGUCUUGAAUUUAUACAACGGCGUGAACGACGACGCAGACUAUUGGAAGCAAUACAUAAAGAGCGAAACGGUGAACGUAAUAUCCGAGGUUUGGGACGACGCUCAGGACGACCUUCGAGACUUCAUCGACGACUGGAACAACCUGAAGGAGCUGCAAACGGACUUGGACGAGCUGAAGAUUUACCUGAACAACUCCUACAACGCGAACGAGUUUUACAUAAAGGACGUGGUCGCCUUUGGGAUGUACGUGAUCGACGAGCUAGCUCUUCGAACUCACAUAGAGUCUCUGCCGAACAUUUUGAACGAGAUAUGGGAGAUCAUGGGAGAGUCGGGUCAGGCGAUCAGGAACUCGUUGCUAUGGGUCAUCGAGGCGAUCAAGAACGCGUUCAACAAAUUCUCGGAGAUCGUGUCGGCCAUUCUGAGGGGCGAGUCGUUCGCGCAGGUAGCGAGCACCAUCGAGAAACUGGCGGAGAAGUACGACAAGUUCAUGAAGGAUCUCCACGUUUCGUUCAUCAAGUACAUCGAGAGUCUUUGGGGGAAGCUCUCGCAGGCGAUAUCCAAGCAAUGGAAUCGAUUCUUGUUGCUGGUCGAGCCGUUGUUCAUUCGCCUUAUACACUAUCUGGAGACCGUGGUCUGGAAGGCCAGCAAGGAGAUCCUCGAUUUUCUCUACGAUCGAGGGAACGAUCUGAUCACUUCGCCUUACUUCGAUCGACUCUCAAACUUCACCCACGACGUUGACAAAUUGUAUCGAGACAUUACUGCAAACGACAUCGUGACCAACAUACAGAAGUACUCCGGAUUGGUGAUGAAGUUCUUGAAGGAGAGGUAUUUCGUUUUCGUGCCUUUUGGUAAGGAACUGAAGGACGUCGUCGACGAGAUCGUCUCCGAGCUGAAGGAAUUGCAGAAACUACCGUCCAUACACUACGCCAUUGAGAAGAUGCAACAGCUGUACGACAGGGUGUACUACUUCUACGAUUACCUUGAAAUAAGAGCGAAAAUCGAUAGCGUCAUCCGGCUGGUCCACUCGAAAUUGGUGGACAUAAGUCAGACGGCUCUUCAAGCUGAAAGCAGAUACAGAGAGGCCAAAACGAAGUUUAUCUUCGAUCCCAACGAAGGUCUGAUGUGCUUGGAACAGAAGCUACCGAUGUCCUGGCACGCUUUCAAUCAAACGCCCGAGUUCCACGAAAUCCCCGAAUUCAGGGCCAUCACCGACAUCAGGUCGUACUUCGUCACCUCGAACUUAACUUUCUGGAGUUUGUAUCGGUACAAGCCGUACAUGGAGCCAUUAAACUGGCUGCCACCUUUCAGAGCGCAAGCGAUGAUCGUCGGAUCGCAGCAUUUCGUAACUUUCGACGGACGACAUCUGAAUUUCGUUGGACCAUGCACGUACCUGUUGGCUCGCGAUUUCGUGCGAAACACGUUCACUAUGCUCAUCAAAUACGACGUGCAACCCGAUCGAGUUACGCACAAGAUCAUCAUCUUGAUCGGGAAGGACGCCAUCGAGCUCGACAUGUUCAACGACAGCAUCAAAAUCGUUUCCGAACACUCGCCGAGCACAACGAGCAACCUGAAACUGCCCAUCGAGCUAGAGAAUGGAACCACGUACGUCUACCAAGCGGAGAACGUUAUAAUUGUGGAGCGCAAGCCGAACCAGCUGCUCCUGGAAUGCAAUUUGAAGUUCGAUCUCUGCACCCUGGAAUUAUCUGGUUGGUACCAGGGCAAGACCGCUGGUAUACUAGGCACGAUGAACAACGAGCCGAUGGACGACACCACCGCGUCGAACGGACUCGUCCUGAAGGACAUUGGGAAGUUUGCCGGUAGCUGGUCGAUAGAAGCCAGCGACGAGUGCUCCAGCGAGGAGAAUUUAGCGUCGACGAUGAAACGAAACGACGACGAGGCCGUUGUACAGUUUUGCAACGACCUCUUCGUGAACAGAAGCUCCGAGUUUCAGUCCUGUUUCGACGUGGUCGACCCACAGAAAUACUCGACGAUGUGUUCCCGUAGCGCGCGUAAACUGGAGGCUUGCACGGUGACGUUGUCCUACAUGCAGGCCUGCAUGUUCCGCGACACUUACCUGAGAAUACCGGACACGUGCACCAGCUGCACUAUGGUGAACGGGAGCCAAGUGGCGGAGGGUCAGUUCAGACGAUUGGAGGGCGACAACGUGCGAAUGUCCACCGACGUGGUCUUCAUCGUCGAGGGGAAAGAAUGUAACCGCGACGUUAAGCAGAAUCGUAGCAUAGAGCAGCUGGUCACUCAGAUGAACAAAGAGUUCAAAGACCGCGGCUUGGUCGACAAUCGAUGGUCUUUGGUGGUCUUCGGGGCGGACGGGGUGUUCGAGCAUCCGAGGAGCGUCGUUUACGACGGACAGAUCUUCACCAAGAACGCGGCGCGAUUCGUCGACUUUUUCGAUCACGUGCCCGUGGGCGACGGCAGCAGGGACAUCUUCGCCGCGAUCGUGUUCGCCACGAAACUCUUCUUCAGGGCUGGCGUCUCCAAGACUUUCGUCUUGAUGCCCUGCUCGCACUGCGAACCGGAAAAUCAAACGCUGGACUAUACGGUGCUGCACGAAGCUUUACUGGAACACGAUAUCACUCUCCACAUACUGAUGGAUGGCGACUUCGAGUUCGAGAAGGAAAGGAUCAACAAAAUGUUCUACGGAUUGGACGCGACCACAUCGUACACGAAGAAGGACACCAGAGCGUUGGUCGGUGACGUGGAUCUGAGGAGGCAAGUGAAGAAGCUUUGGAAGAGCCCGUUAGGCUACUGUACAACCUUGUCCUUGGAAAUCAACGGAACCAUAUUCAGCGGCGACAAAUUGCGUUUCGAUAAAUCGACCUCGAUCAAGAAGUUCAUCAGCGUUUUCUCCAAGAGGGUAGCUUUAACCGCGAUGCCGAAUUCCUGUCAGAAUUGCGAGUGCAUCGCCGACAAUAACGGGGUCACGCGGAUGGAAUGCAUUCCGUGCGUCUAUCCGAUGCCAGUCACGGCAGAUUAUGAUGCGUUUAACUUAAAUGAUUCACUGGCAGCCCUACAGCCACUGAAUGUCGAUUACGGACAAAUCGAUAUCGACGACAGCUAAAGUACCAGAGGAGGUACAGAUAGAUUAUUGAUCGCCGUCACACAUGAUUUUUUUAUUUAUUUAAUAUACUAUGUCGUAAAAUGUUUGCCAACGAACGAACCACUCACCUCUUGGUAACAAGUAUUUAAGACGCAUCAUUACGCAAAUGUCGCAUUGUAACGCAAAAUAUCGUGUACGCCAUAAUUAACAUUUUAGUAAUAUAAGUAACUUUACUGUUUGUAAAAUGGUAUUUGAUUCGGUUUUUAUUUCAAAAUAAUUCCAGAGAAAUGUUAUGUAUACGCACAGAUAAAAAGGAGCCAGUCUUAUUUAUUAAUCAACGACUCUACGUAUCAUCUUUGCUGCCCCGUACAAAUUUUCGAUCAAAAGAUUCGAGUCGAAGGGUUAAAACGAAAAAAAGAAAAAAAAUCUCACUAUAUCAGCUUCUAUCCAAGUAAUGUUAACAAUAUUCGAGCAAAGAAUCAUAAUCCGUCAUUUAUUAAGCACAACUUAUAGUAUAAAUCGCAUAUUUCAAUUUGUUAUACACCUUUUGAUUGGUCCUUUCUGAAAUACUAGUUAUCGUCAAGUAUACAUUGAUACGUUUACAAUUCGAUUGGAUAAUCGUACGUAAACGUAGUGCCAUUCGUUCGAUCGUUACUUGCAUCGCUAACAGUGAAUAAAAUAUCAUAUACUGUAACCAUUUUGAUAUGAUGGGUACAAAAUAACUAAGAAUAUUUAACAUACAUAUAUUUUAAAGGUAGUUAAAAGUUUCUUUUUCUGUUACAUAUUAUGGCAAUACGUAAGCAUGGCAAAUACUUGCAUCAAAACCUUUGGACGCGAGAUUCUUAUUUCUGAACAAAUAAUCUGCCCUCUUUUUAUGAUUCUAAAAUACCAAUAAUUGAUACAAACUGAACCGGAUAUCGUUGCAUUGUAAAUAUUAUACUUAUACGCAACACAAAUAAAGAUAACUGCAAUGUGUCAAUUUGACAGACGAGAGUUUAAAAAGCGUUCGUCUUAGAAAAAAAAAAAAAAGAAAAGAAAAGAAAAACAAAGUUGUCGUUCGUGUACAGGUCGGAGACUUACGCGUGUACAGAAUAACUUGUAAUUGUUGCAUAAAAGGACAACCAUGUAGUCGCAAUCGAUUUAUAAAACCUUUUGCUUAUAUAUUAUCUGUGUAUAAUAAUUCAAAACAUACUAUACAAAUAUAAUACGAAUCGUAAAUGGCAACCGAUUCGCGUACACUCUUCGUAUUUCAGCUUGUUUCUAAACUUUUUGUUUUGCAAACUGAAAGAUGGCGAGCAAAUCUAUCGUAACGAUUACAUUUCAGCUUAUUAAAAAAAAAAAACAGAAAAUGCUGAUGAUAAGAAAAAAGAAGAAUGAUAAAAUCUCUAACAACCAAUCGAUAAUAAAAUUAUAGGUCUUUUUUAGAUCAAAAAAUAAAGUGAUACAAUUUGUCGGGUUUGAAACAACCUAAGAUAGCCAUGAAUCAUGUAAUUAUACUCAUGUAAUCAUGUAAUUAUAUGUAUAAUACACACGAUGGCCGUAAAACAGGAGGUACAACUUAGCACAAAACCAUUUGUGCCAAUGUUAUUUGGCCACUAAUGUA